AUGUCAGAGCUUCGCCAGCGAUCGACGGCGAAAGCCAGCAAAGCCUCAGACACACCACCCAGACAGCAACGAGACGAAACAAACCAUGGGAUCGGCCUGCUGGAUAUCAUCCGUGUUAUUGCGAUUUUAGUCAUCGGAUCCUGUGGUCUCUCCUAUUAUAUGACCGAUUCCGAAUCCGUGUUAUGGGGGUACAGGCCAUGGUAUACACGGUGGCCAGUGGUGAAGCAGUGGGUGCAAGGCCCAGUGAUACUCACGCCUAGCCAACUAGCGCUCUACAAUGGCACCGACGCGACACUCCCGCUCUACGUGGUCGUCAACGGGACGGUCUUCGACGUGUCGGCAAACAGAAUGAUCUACGGCCCGGGCGGGAGCUACAACUUCUUUGCGGGACGGGACGCCACGCGCGCAUUCGUCACAGGUUGUUUCCAGGAGGAUCUGACGGCGGAUAUGCGGGGGGUUGAGACCAUGUACGUGCCUGUCGAGGAUGUCGAGGAAUCCUUGACGUCGGGUCAGAAGAAGAUCCGCCGCGAGAAGGAACUGCGAGAGGCCAAGGCCAAGGUUGAAGGUGCUGUGAGGCGGUGGGUUUUGUUCUUCCGCAAUCACAAGAAGUAUUUCGAGGCGGGAAGAGUGGUCGAGAACGAGGUGACUGGGGAGCCGUGGCCACUUUGUGAGAGCGCGCAGAAACAGCGACCGAAGAGGAGCACGUUGGAGUCGUAG